AUGACCAUCAGCUUCAAACUCAAUGGCCAGUCAACAGAGGAGCUGUCUGAGGAGUCCAAGGAGCCGUGUGCUGUCCAGCAGGUUCACAACCAGCCAACAAUGGAAGAGCAGCACUACGCUGAAUACAGGUACCAGGAAGCAGAGUUAAUGGAAAGUGAUGAAGAAGAACAAGGAAUCCAGCCCCCCUGUUAUAAAGCUAUCUGUGAACAAACUGACGACUCUUUUGCAGGCUUCACUGCACUUCCGUACCUCCACUCCCGUGAACACCCUGCAUACGUCAGAACCUACUGCGAUAUCGUCAAACCUCCCAAUACUGCUGGGCUGACUGGUGCUGACCUCCCAUCCAGGAGUCAUGGGCAGCAGGCACAAAGCCCCCAACUGCGCAGGCUGGAACAACACCAGAGGCAACUGCAGGAACUACAACAACGGCGAGAACAACAGAACAAACCCCUGGAAGAGGUGGAGCAGGAGAGGAAGCGGAGGGAAGAAGAGGAGCUGAGGAAGAAGAAAGAUGAAGCAGAAGAAGAGAUAAAGAGGAAUGAGUGGCAAAGGCAGGAUCAGGGGGAUGUGAUGGAGAGCAAAGGGAAGGAGCUGCAGCAGGCCAAAGGUCAGACUGUCCUGCUGUCUCCAUCCUCUGGACUGUGCACCAUCUAUGAAGCUCUGGAGAACAGUGAAGAUGAGGCUGAAGGUGAAGUGGAGAGAGUAGAGGAGCUCAACCCCAUAAGAAAGACAGUGGUGGAGAAUGACAAAUAUCAAGACUCCUCCCCGGCAACCCAGAGCUGCCCUCAACACUCCUCUGAGGAUGGUGAUGCCUCUUGUUGCACUCCUGAUUCUUCAGCGCGACCGCCGCCUCUGGACCUGGACUGGGGUGAGAAAGUGGACAUAGUCCAGCAACUGAUCACUCAGACCCUGCUUCUGAAUGGAGAUGGCUGCUCUUCCUUGCUGCUGCUCCCAGGAGGUGGAGGAGGCACCUUAAGCCCUCUGGAGAGCAGCUUGUGGCCUAACCUGCUGCCUCCUCUCACUCCCCCCUCUGCCACAGUCACCUCUGUUAGCAGUUUCUCCCCAGAGGCCACUGGAAGCUCCCCUCAGGGGGAGUGGACCGUGGUCGAGCUGGAGACUCAUCACUGAGUGACGUCCCACAACCACCCACCCACGGUGUCGAUGACUGACCUCGUAUGUCUGUUUCUGCAGGGAGCUGUAAAUACAAAUGUGAAAUAAGCACAAGAUUCCUUCUGUAUAUUAAGUAUAAGUGUAACCUAAUGGGUGCAUAUCUGCUUAAAGAUUAGAAUGGUCAAACUUUCACACUUGAAGUCUUUCUUCCA